AGAGAAGGAGAGCAGCACUCGUCUCCACUCCCCCUCCCAGCAAAUGGGAGAGCAGGUCUAAAUCAUGUUGCAUAUCAGUGCUGUUGUGCUGUGAUGUUGCUCAGGCAGAGCCCGGCGCAGAGCAGGCAGCCUUGCGGACCAGUAGUCAGACCCAGGAUCAGCCCAGCAGGCUUCACAGAGCUGGAGACCCUCUCCCCGCAACUUUCCUCGCCUGCACUGCGUGCCCCCCUCAGUGACAUGUACCCCGAAGAGAGCCGAGGGUCUGGAGGGGUAGCCACUGUGGACUUCCUGGAAGGGACGUAUGACUAUGCCGCCCCCACCCCUGCCCCGACUCCUCUUUACAGCCACUCCACUCCUGGCUACUACUCUGCUCCUCUGGAUGCCCACGGACCACCCUCAGAUGGCAGCCUUCAGUCCCUUGGCAGUGGGUCUACCAGUCCUCUUGUGUUUGUGCCCUCCAGCCCCCAACUCAGCCCCUUUAUACACCCACCCAGCCACCACUAUCUGGAAACCACCUCAACACCCGUCUACAGGUCCAGCGUCCCGUCCAGUCAGCAGCAGGUUUCCAGAGAGGACCAGUGUGGCACCAGUGACGACUCAUACAGUGUGGGGGAGUCGGGGGCUGGAGCUCGGGCCGGUGGGUUUGAGAUGGCCAAAGAGAUGCAUUUCUGUGCUGUGUGCAGUGACUAUGCCUCGGGGUACCACUACGGGGUGUGGUCCUGUGAGGGCUGCAAGGCCUUCUUUAAGAGGAGCAUCCAGGGUCACAAUGACUAUAUGUGCCCAGCAACCAAUCAGUGUACUAUUGACAGGAAUCGGAGGAAGAGCUGCCAGGCCUGCCGUCUUAGGAAGUGUUACGAAGUGGGCAUGAUGAAAGGAGGUGUGCGCAAGGACCGCGGUCGUGUUUUGCGACGUGACAAACGACGGACCGGCGCCAGUGAGAAAGAAAAGGCCUCUAAGGACCUGGAGCACAGAACAGUGCCCCCUCAGGACUGGAGGAAACACAGCAGCAGCAGCAGCAGCAGCAGUGCUAUUGGUGGAGGAGGAAAAUCAUCUAUGAUCGGCAUGCCUCCUGAGCAGGUGCUCCUCCUGCUCCAGGCUGCUGAGCCCCCAAUGCUGUGCUCCCGUCAGAAACUGAGCCGACCUUACACUGAGGUCACCAUGAUGACCCUGCUCACCAGCAUGGCCGAUAAGGAGCUGGUCCACAUGAUCGCCUGGGCCAAGAAGCUUCCAGGAGCGAAGGCGACUGCGUGGAAGGUAUGGCCGAGAUCUUCGACAUGCUGCUGGCCACCGCUUCCCGCUUCCGCAUGCUCAAACUCAAACCCGAAGAGUUUGUCUGCCUCAAAGCUAUCAUCUUACUCAACUCUGGUGCCUUCUCUUUCUGCACCGGCACAAUGGAGCCGCCCCAUGACACCGCAGCGGUGCAGAACAUGCUCGACACCAUCACCGACGCUCUCAUACAUCACAUCAGCCAAUCAGGGUGUUCGGCUCAGCAGCAGCCGAGGCGACAGGCCCAGCUGCUCCUUCUGCUCUCCCACAUCAGGCACAUGAGCAACAAAGGCAUGGAGCACCUCUACAGCAUGAAGUGCAAGAACAAAGUGCCUCUGUACGACCUGCUGCUGGAGAUGCUGGACGCUCACCGCAUCCACCGCCCAGACAGACCAGCUCAGUCCUGGUCCCAGGCUGACGGAGAGCCUCCCUUCACCAUCACCACCAACAACAACAACAACAACAUCAGCAGCGGCGGCUCCUCCUCCUCAGCUGGUUCCAGUUCAGGACCCCGAGUCAGCCACGAGAGCCCGAGCAGAGGCCCCACAUGUCCGGGUGUCCUGCAGUACGGAGGGUCCCGCUCCGACUGCACCCACAUCCUAUGAGACAAAGCACAGAUCAAGCAAGAGCGGAGGUCAAUAGUCAUUUUUAUGGAUGGCGCGUGUGGCACAGAAUUAUUUGAGUUAAUUUUAUGAGGUAAUUAUUUAUAAAUGAAAUGCUUUUAUAGUUGUAGCUGUUUAGGGAGACGUUAUUUUUUCCUUUUGCACUUCUCCGGUUCGUUUUGAGCUUCAAUGCUGUUAAUCUUCUAUGCUGCCUUUCAUAAUAUCUGUGAUUCUGAGUCCAUCUCUAACAGCUUUACAGUGCAGCUUUCUAUUUACAGGCGUUGGGUCAUAUUGUGGCACUCUUGUCAGCUACGGUGAUUUGAGAUGACGAGCAGCUAAUUGUUUUUCUUUGUAUUCGCUUCAACCAAAGUGCACUUCCUCUUGGGUUUAAGGGGCUGUUGGGCAUUAUUUUUACUUUUACAUUUUAAGGAUGAUUACACACUAAACUAUGAUAAAACUGCUUAAAAUCAGUGUAAUUUAUUUUGUCUUUAAAUUCCAACGUCAUAAAGGACUUAAAACGUCAGGUAUCGUGUCUUAUGCACAAACAGUUUUUAACUUGAUAUAUUUGUGGAUAAAAUUAUUAAUGAUGGACUAAUGAAAGGAUAUAUAUGUUGAAUUUUGAAUAGUUAAAAAUUGCACGAUCAAAUCCUCGAGCACUGAUUACAUAAUGAAGGAAGCCAAGCUUUAUUGUUGGGUAACUUCGCCCUGUCUUCAGCUUUUUGUGUAUAGUGGGUUUGUUUCUAUAUGCUUACUGGCACCAAAGUUUUGUUCUUGAUUUUGUUGUCUUUAUGUGUGUGUGUGUGUGUGUGUGUGUGUGUGUGUGUGUGUUUCCUGUUGGGGACCUUUUCUGUGACCAGUUGUCCUCAUGAGGACAAAAGGCCAAUCCUAAUGCAGCAAAUUGUCAUAUCUGAGGUUCUGGCUUUCCACAAUUAAUGAAGUCAAUGGAAAGUCCUAACAACAAGGAUAGCUGCACAAACGUGUGCGUGUGUGCGUGUGAGAGAGAAAUCUGAGGCAAUGAGCUACGAAUGACUCCGAGCUGAUUUGAUUUUUGUGUCGAUGCAGUUGUUUAACAUUUCAGCCCCAUCAAAGCUACAACCGGUUACUAUUCAUCCACUAAUUCAGUGAUUACAUGUUGAGUUUGGCUGGAUUUACACACCCGUUUAUCAUAAUGUUGUAAUAUGUGUUUUCAUUUUCUUUUUAAAAUGAGCAAAUCUUAUCCGACUGUUAAGAAAUAUCAGCUCUAGAUACAAUCAGGUGUUUAUUAUUAGCUGCUAUACACGUCUAGAUACCGCUGUAAUAGUUUGGUUUAUGUCCCCAAAGCUCUAAGUGACGUAAUCAAAUAACUUUGAUCCGUCUGAUCCCAAAUGUAUUCAAUGUAUAAUCACAAAGAAAAGCAGAAAAUCCUCAAGACCUCCUUUUACAAAAC